CUUGGGCCUGCUUUUCUCGCGCUGCCUCUUCCCUCCCCUCAUCCUUUUUGUUUAUUCCGGCUCUCACUCUCUCAGAACGCCAUACACACACCAACACGUUCGUUUAAGUCUGGUGUAAAAGGAAAAAAAGAGAGGACGAUUCAUUCCUGGGAUUUUUGAAGCGAAUACAUACCACAAGCACAGAAAAAAAGAAGAAAAAGAAGAAAAAAAUUAAUCUGCAAAGCCCGUUUCUCGCCUCAUCUCCAACUAAUUGAUACUCAUCUCUACCUUACCGCCUUUACUGUGAAUCAUCUGCUGCCAUCAAAUCUCAAAUCUCUGCCAUCGAUCUUCUGUUUUGCCCUCCCUCCACACCAGUUCGAAGGGGCGGUUCUCGGAGUGGAACCACUGCAACUUGUCGCAUCAUCGCAUUUCGCUUUACAUCGAAUUCGCAUCGCAUCGAAAUCGCAAAGUUGAAUCGCUUUUUUUUUUUUUUAAUUCGCCAUCGACCAUGGCCGCCGUCACUCGCCAGCCGUUUGCUCCCCUGGACGGAGCUCGUCUUCAAUCAUUAACCAGUCUGAAGAACAGACAAAAUGCCGCACCCGUUUCUCCAAAGCGCAAAGCAGAGUUUCUCGAGAUUGACAACUGCGAGAAUGUCGAUCCGCUGCUCUUCUCCAAGCGCUCCAAGGGCGUCAGCUCUGCCAAGGAUGGCCUCAAGCCCUCCAACUACUUUCUCACUCCCAAGAUCAGCACUCCCGUGCGGUCCUCUCUCGCCACUCCAGUCAAGGCUGCUUCAACGCCUCGACGCAUCCUCAGUGCCAAGUCAUGCUUGAGCAAGCUCGGCUCUGAAAACGCCACGCCCAAGUCUUGCCCUCCUCCAGCCGGUCGCUCACCGACUCGUGGCAAGCGCUUAGGAAUGCUGUCGAGCCGGCGACGCACCACUCGCCUGGACCCUCCCUCAUUCAUGGGCGCUUCUUCUGCCCCCUUUUCUCUCGAUGCUGCUUUGAAGGGCACCAUCGCGGGGUACACCCCCAAGCCUGCUGCCAGGAAGCCCAUGUCUAGCCUGCUCGAGCCUGAGGCCAAGUCCAGCUGGUUCUUCGACAUUCACGAAGACACCCCUGAACAAGAGAUGACCAACCUUCUCCAGCACAGCACCUGCACACUCGACAUCUCAUCUGAUGAGGAGACUGAGCAGCGCGCCAAGCGAGAUGGUGCCGAAGGCCGUGACAAGGAGAACAUUCCUCCUCCCGAUGACGUCUCCCAGACUUCAGCCCAGCAGACCAGCCAGCCCAAGGGCGAGGAGAUGGUUAUUGAAAAGGAGCGAGUUGCGCUCGGAGAGAUGAAUGCCGCUGACUUUUACGCCGAUGGCUGUGAUGAGACGUCGGUGAUUCUGAUCCACGAGGAUGACGAGGAGCCGGAAGCCCCUCAUGCCAUUUCAAACAUUCCUGAAGAGGAAGAGGAAGAGGAACCCGAAGAAGACGAGGAACCCGAGCUUGAGAUUCACGAGGAUAUCGAUGACCUCAUCUCAAGACCCGACAACUCAUCAUCCAAGGCCGCUGUCCUACAGCCCAUUGAAGGCACAGGCGAGAGCUUUGAGCUAUGGGAAAGCGGCAGCGCCAAGGAUGAGGCUGAAAGCCCGUAAGGAGCUGUGUUUGCAAUCGACUUCGCAUAAUCAACGAGGGAAUGAGUGUACGCUUUCUAACGCUGGAUGAAGAGCAAGCAAGCAUUUGAGCCUUUCUGUUUGAGCCUUUUUUUUUUCAUCUUCCUCUUUUUAAAAACAAUUUCUCUGACUGUGUUUGGCCUGUUUUGCUCUUUUGUAUUUUUCUUUUCUCUCUUUUUUUAUUUAUCCUUGUUUCAAAAAGGCCGUGACUUUGGCGCAUCAGUUUUUUGCCCUCUUUUUU